GCCACACAAGCUGAACGCCUCAUCCGAAUUUAAAGGGACCUCCAAUUGAUCUCCCCCUGCAUUUCCACCCCACCACCAAACCAAAUAUUGACUUUCAUUGACACACUUUAGGACUUUAGGCGCGUCGCGUGUCAUUAAUUGGCCAACUUCAAUCUUUAGCACUUUCGAACGACAGCGACAAAAAAGAGGACAAUGAUGCCUAAAAUGCGCCGACCAUGACAACAUCUACUAAUUCCGAUGCCGAGCUUUUGACAGAGCACUUCGGAUACCCCCCUAUUAGUCUCAUCGACGAUAUAAUCAACAGCGUAAACGUCCUAGCCGAGCGUGCCCUCAACAGCGUCGAGCAAGGCCUUCUAAACGCUCCCCCCGCAACCAUCGGCUUCAAACCUCCCAAGCCGUCUCGCAGCCACGCCCACGAUGCGCAAAAACAGCAGCAGCAGCAGCAGCAGCAAGACCCGGCCGAAGCCGCCAAGACGGAAAUCGAGUCCGGCACACAUCAGCUAGAAACCCUGCUGUGCGCCAGCAUCGAUCGCAACUUCGACAAAUUCGAGAUCUACGUCCUGCGCAAUAUCCUAACCGUCCGCCCCCCCGACGUGCGUUCCUGGAUCCGGCUGUCCCACUACGACGGCCUGGAUUUCUCUACUUCUUCGAGUACGAAUCUAAACCCGUCGCCUACCCUCGACAGCAUAAACCACCUCCGCCGCAAACUGCGCGAGAGCAUGCGUCUGAACGCCCUCCUCACCGCCGAGCGCGCGCGCAACGAGAAGCUGCUCGGCGAACUACAGGAUCUCGUCGGGAUCGCCCCCGCGCACGUAAAAAGUGAGAAGACCUCUCCGCAGCCAUCAGCAUCCGCACCAGCACAGGUUAAAAACAGCCCAUUCGCAUUCCUGCACCGCAAAGGCUCCCUCACAGCCGGCGGGUCCGAAGCCCCCCUCAGCACGACAACCGCAUUCACGCUCUCGCAGAUGCAAGCUCUGCGCGCGUUGUCUACUUCCUUGCGCAUAAUUACUCCGGACCUAGUGCCUUCAACUUCCGCCGCCGAGGCUAUGGAUAUUGAUGUCGACGACGGGAAUAAAGAUAAAGAGCGCAAGAGCUGGCGGCGCGAGCGUCUCGAGUACGUCGAGGGCGCUACGAGGCGAUACUUGGAGACGGUUGAGGGGCUGGAACUUGGGCGGCACGGGGAGGUGCGUGAUGGAGAGUGGCAGGGUGCCGGCCGUGGGUUAGCUAGGGAUGAGGUUGGAGGGUUAGAAGGGGUGAUUACGCUGUUAGGGGGAGAGGAGCAAGAAGAGGAAAGGGAACAGGAAGAAAAUUCCCCUAGUAUAGCGCGGAGAUCGGCGUCUUCGUCGAGGGACGAUCGGAUGGACGAGUCAUGAACGAUGAAGGAACUUCGCACGUUGCGUUUUUGUAUACACGCCAACGACUGCUGCUACUACCGCUGCUGUUCGCGCCCAAAUAAGUGCCCAAGGAAAGGAGUCUGGAGUUCUGAGAUCUUAGUCGCGCAGUCUGAUCGGAUUUAUUU